CUCAGUACCCGAAACAACUAUGGAGAGGAAAAUACUUCCCAUUUACUUGUUGUUGCUGCUUUCUGUUUUCUUGAUUCAGCAAGUUUCUUCUCAAGAUUUAUCAAGCUGUGCAGGGAGAUGUGGGGAAGGGUAUUCUAGAGAUGCCACCUGCAACUGUGACUAUAACUGUCAACACUACAUGGAGUGCUGCCCUGACUUCAAGAAAGUCUGCACUGUAGAGUUUUCCUGUAAAGGCCGCUGCUUCGAGUCCUUUACAAGAGGGAGGGCGUGUGACUGUGACUCAGAAUGUAAGAAGUACGGCAAGUGUUGCUCCGAUUAUGACAGUUUUUGUGAAAAAGUGCACAGUCCUGCAUCACCACCACCUUCAAAGUCUGCACCUCCACCUCCAGGAGCAUCUCAGACCAUCAAAUCAACAACCAAACCUUCACCCAAAUCAUCAAGCAAGAAGACUAAGAAAGUUAUAGAAUCAGAGGAAAUAACAGAAGAUGUAUAUUUUUUUUCACUAGUAAAAGACAAGAAGAAGAAAAGAACCCCUAAAAAGAAACCUACCCCAGAACCACCAGUAAUAGAUGAAGCUGGAAAUGGACCAGACAAUGGUGAUUUCAAGCUCACCCCAACUCCUGACAUUCCCACCACUCAACGUAAUAAAGUUACCACAACUCCCAAGAUUACAAUAGUAAAACCGAUACUAUCUAAACCCAGUAUUCCACCUAAUUCUGACACAACUAAAGAGACGCCUUUGACAGCCAAUAAGGAGACAAUAGAUGAAACUAAAGAGACUUCUACAACAAAUAAACAGACUUCAACUACUGCAAAAGAGAAGACUACUUCAGCUAAAGAGACACAAAAUGCAGAGAAAACAUCUACUAAAGAUUUUGCACCCACAUCUGAAGUUCCUGCUACAUCUACACUCAAAGCUGAAACUAUAAGCAAAUCCCCUGCUCUCACCUCUCCCAAGGAGCCAGCUCCCACCACCAAGGAAUCUACACCCACCACCACCAAGGAGCCAGCUCCCACCACCAAGGAAUCUACACCCACCACCACCAAAGAGCCAGCUCCCACCACCACCAAGGAGCCAGCUCCCACCACCAAGGAAUCUACACCCACCACCACCAAAGAGCCAGCUCCCACCACCACCAAGGAGCCAGCUCCCACCACCACCAAGGAGCCAGCUCCCACCACCACCAAGGAGCCAGCUCCCACCACCACCAAGGAGCCAGCUCCCACCACCAAGGAAUCUACACCCAUCACCACCAAAGAGCCAGCUCCCACCACCACCAAGGAGCCAGCUCCCACCACCAAGGAAUCUACACCCAUCACCACCAAGGAGCCAGCUCCCACCACCAAGGAAUCUACACCCACCACCACCAAAGAGCCAGCUCCCACCACCACCAAGGAGCCAGCUCCCACCACCACCAAGGAAUCUACACCCAUCACCACCAAAGAGCCAGCUCCCACCACCACCAAGGAGCCAGCUCCCACCACCAAGGAAUCUACACCCAUCACCACCAAAGAGCCAGCUCCCACCACCACCAAGGAGCCAGCUCCCACCACCACCAAGGAGCCAGCUCCCACCACCAAGGAAUCUACACCCAUCACCACCAAAGAGCCAGCUCCCACCACCCCCAAGGAGCAAGCUCCCACCACCAAGGAAUCUACACCCACCACCACCAAGGAGCAAGCUCCCACCACCCCCAAAGAGCCAGCUCCCACCACCACCAAGGUGCCUGCUCCCACCGCCCCCAAGGAGCCAGCUUCUGCCACCCCCAAGGAACCUACCCCAAGUUCUCCUAAUACACCUGCUCCAACCACCUCAGAGGCCUCUACUUCAACUACCGCCAUGGAGCCUCCCACUACUCCCAAGGGCCCUGCUGAAUCACCUCCUGAGUUUCCUGUAGAACCCACACCAAAGACUCUUGAAAACAGUCCCAAGGAGCCUGCUGUACCUACAACCAAGGCUCCUGAAGUGACCAAACCUGAAAUGACUACAACAGCUAAAGACAAGGCCACAGAAAAAGACACAACUGAUACCAUGGCAUCAUCCAAAAUUACUCUUAAAGCAACAACUCUUGCACCCAAAGUAAUGACAGCAACAAAAAAGACAACUGAAGAGACUACAAGCAAACCUGAACCAACAACAGCUAUACCAAAAGGUACAGCUACUAACUCUCAAGUGACAACUCCUAAACCCCAAAAGCCAACCAAAGCACCCAAAAAGCUCACUUGUACCAAAAAGCCAAAAACACCUAAAGUGAGAAAACCAAAGACUACACCAACUCCCCCAAAGAUGACAUCAGCAAACCCUACCUCUUUAGCAGAAGCCAAGCUCCAAACCACCACCAGCCCUAACCAAACUCCCAACUCAGAAAUAAUCGAAGUAAAUACAAAGAAUGAAGACGCAGAUGCUACUGAAGGAGAAAAACCUCACAUGAUUCCUAGGCCCCCUGUGUUAACUCCUAUAGUUAUUCCAGGCACUGAUUUCAUAGGGAGAGGACCCAGUCAAGGCAUUGGCAUCAACCCCAUGUUUUCAGAUGAGACUAAUUUAUGCAACGGUAGGCCAGUAGAUGGACUGACUGCUUUGCGCAAUGGGACACUAGUUGCAUUUCGAGGCCAUUAUUUCUGGAUGCUAAAUGCAUUCAGUCCACCAUCUCCACCUCGCAGAAUUACUGAAGUUUGGGGCAUUCCCUCCCCCAUUGAUACUGUUUUUACUAGAUGCAACUGUGAAGGAAAAACUUUCUUCUUUAAGGAUUCUCAGUACUGGCGUUUCACCAAUGAUAUAAAAGAUGCAGGGUAUCCCAAACUGAUUCCCAAAGGAUUUGGAGGACUAAAUGGAAAAAUAGUGGCAGCUCUCUCAAUAGCUAAAUACAAGAACAGACCUGAAUCUGUGUAUUUUUUCAAGAGAGGUGGCAGCAUUCAGCAGUAUACUUAUAAACAGGAACCCACCCAAAAGUGUACUAGAAGAAAGCUUGCGAUAAAUUAUUCAGUGUAUGGAGAAACGACACAGGUUAGGAGACGUCGAUUUGAACGUGCUAUAGAACCUUCUCAAACACACACCAUCAGAAUUCACUAUUCACCCAUCAGAGUCACUUAUCAAGACAAAGUGUCAUCUGCAGGUUUCCUCCAUAAUGAAGUUAAAGUGAGUACACUGUGGAGAGGACUUCCAAAUGUGGUUACUUCAGCUGUAUCACUGCCCAACAUCAGAAAACCUGAUGGCUACGAUUACUAUGCCUUUUCUAAAGAUCAAUACUAUAACAUCGAUGUGCCAACUAGAACAGCAAGAGCCAUUAUUACUCGUUCUGGACGGACCUUAUCUAACGUCUGGUACAACUGUCCUUAGACUGAUGGGCAAAGGAAGAAUUGACUAAUUAAAAUGAAGAAAAGAAUGAUAAAUUUUGACACUGAAAUACAUUUUAUUAAUAAAGAAUGUUGAUAUAAG